GGUUGAACGGACUGAAAAAUAAGAACAACCUUACAUUAUGAUACAGAAGGGAGGGGAAAUGUAGCUAUAACAUUUGAAUCUACACCCCGGGGAGUGAUGCAGGCUGUGGAGAUUUCCGGUGUACAUUAUUAGUGGAUGGCGUUCCGCUCUCAUCUCGCCACCGUCCUCCGCCAGCCGAAAUAUUUAUCGGAAGGUCGACUCCUGUCCUGGCACCAGAGGAAGAUGACUGAGAGCCAUACCGAAAUGGUUUCUGCCCUUUUACUAGUGGACGACCAGAGGUGUAUCACCUAUUGAUAAGAGCCGGUAGAAAACACACCUGUUGGACAUCACCAGCCCGACCAAAACCUGCCCCCAUAGCCGGGCCUUAUUGGAUACUCCUGGGCCUCCCCUUCACACAGUCAAAACUGAAUCAAUACGUGCGAAGCAGCAGGAUGACUGAGGCGUGGCAGCAGCACGCAGUGGCUCCCCCACCCACCGUGGUGCACAACCUCCCCCCGGGCUCCGACAGCGCCCUGGGCUGUGCCGUGUACGGGAUCGUCCUCCAGCCGGAUGUGGCAUCCCUCCAGCAGCAGCCCCAGCAUGGCCAGCAGCAUGCCGUACCCGCCCAGCAGCCUUCCCUACAGGUAGGAGGCGAGGGAGGGCACAAGUGCGGAGCCUGCGGCCAUGACAUAUCCCACCUAGCUAAUCCACAUGAGCACCAGUGUAUGGGGACCGGGGAUCGGUCGUUCCAGUGUACCCAAUGUAUGAAGAUCUUCUGCCAGGCCACUGAUCUGUUGGAGCAUCAGUGUGUACAGGUGGAGCAGAAGCCGUUUGUGUGUGGCGUGUGUAAGAUGGGUUUCUCUUUGCUCACCUCGCUGGCACAGCACCACAACGCCCACAACAACGGCAACAACCCCAUGAAGUGUUCCAUCUGUGAGAAGACCUACCGCCCAGGUUCUGGCAACAACACCCCCACCUCCUCCGCAGCCAACCCGUCCACCGGCGAGGCCUCCAGUGGCGGGGCAGCGUGCGGAGCGUCAGCCCCUACGGCGUUUGAGGCUUCGGGACCAGACAGGCCCUACAAGUGCUCUGUGUGCCACAAGGGCUUUCGGCAUCUGUCUGAGCUGUCGCGACACGAGCGUGUGCACACGGGGGAAAAGCCUUACAAGUGUGACACCUGUGACAAGAGCUUCAGCCAGUCCUCUCACCUGGCCCACCACCAGCGCACCCACAGCUCAGAGCGGCCCUACAAGUGUGCCGUCUGUGAAAAGUGCUUCAAGCACCGCUCACACCUCGUGCGCCACAUGUACGCCCAUUCCGGCGAGCACCUGUUCAAGUGCAAUUUGUGCGAGAUGCACUUCAAGGAGUCGUCGGAGCUACUGCACCACCAGUGCCAGCCCACAGUGACGUUGGACAGGCCGUUCCGCUGCGGCUCGUGCGGGAAGGGCUUCAAGCGGCCUUCUGAUCUGCGGCAGCACGAACGCACGCACUCCGAGGAACGCCCGUUCCAGUGCGAGGAGUGCCAGAUGAGCUUCAAGCAGCAGUACGCCCUCGUUCGUCACCGCCGCACUCACAAGAACCCGGCCGACCGGCCUUUUAAGUGUAACCUAUGUGACAAGGGUUUCCUGCAACCCUCCCACCUGCUGUACCACCAGCAUGUCCAUGGCAUGGAGAGCCUGUUCAAGUGUGCUUCCUGCCAGAAAGGCUUCAGCCAAUCCGGUGAACUGCUCCGGCACAAAUGCACCGGCUCAGGGUCGGCGUCUGGCUCCGUGACCGCGGCCACGCCGGCGGUGGAGAAGCCCUACAAGUGUGACGUGUGUGGCAAAGGCUACAAGAAGAAGUCGACGCUCCAGCGCCACCAGAACUCCAGCUGUCAGGAGAAGCCGCUGAAGUGCUCCCUGUGCAACCGACGCUUCCUGUCGCCGUCUGAGUUCGUGACACACCGCUGCGACCCGUCACGGGAGAAGCCCCUGAAGUGCCCCGACUGUGAGAAGCGCUUCAAGUAUUCCUCGGAGCUGCAACGGCAUCGCCGCGUUCACACCGGCGAGAAGCCUUACAAGUGCUCCAGCUGCGACAAGAGCUUCAAACAGAGGGAGCACCUGGUGAAGCACCAGGCGGUGCACUCGCGGGAAGCCCAGUUUAAGUGCGUGUGGUGCGGGGAGCGUUUUGUGAACCUGGGAGCCCUCCAGGAGCACACGGUCCAGCACACUGCAGAAGGAGGCGGUUAUCCCACAGCCCCGUGUAUACAGUGAGCAGGUCUGCUGCUGUUGAGCGCCUGUACAGUGUGAACACACGCGGUGACAUGGAACGUUGCCCGACCAAGCAUACAGCAACACUCUUCCUGACACCUUAUUUGUAUAUAACCACACAAUCAUUAUUUACAUUUAGUUACACACACCCACCCCCCCUCCCCCACUCCUUUUGCAUAAACAAUGGUAAAACUCUGCUUAAUCCUAACCAUGAAGUUAUUAUUGACACCUUCUUCCUCACACCAAGGUAAUCGUGCCCAUGUUCUGCCCUUCAUUAGUGACUUCCAACUUCCCAUGACCCUGAUCAACUGAAAACAGUACAUCAACAACCCAUGAUCCAGAUCAACUGAAAACAGUACAUCAACAACCCAUGAUCCAGAUCAACUGAAAACAGUACAUCAACUACCCAUGAUCCAGAUCAACUACCCAUGAUCCAGAUCAACUGAAAACAGUACAUCAACUACCCAUGAUCCAGAUUAACUACCCAUGAUCCAGAUCAACUGAAAACAGUACAUCAACUACCCAUGAUCCAGAUCAACUACCCAUGAUCCAGAUCAACUACCCAUGAUCAAGAUCAACUACCCAUGAUCCAGAUCAACUACCCAUGAUCCAGAUCAACUACCCAUGAUCCAGAUCAACUGUGGUCACCUUGUUGGAUGCAGGAAAAAUGCACCUUGAAAAGGAAUGUUUCAAUCUGAAAAGGCAUUGGAAAUGUUAUCAUGCGUUGUAACAUCACAUACUUAGGAGUUGCUUUUUAAAACAUUUAUGAAAUGAAAUGUUUAAGGAAAUUGGGGUCUUAUUCUCUGACUCCUUUAUGGUCAUAUAAUUUCUUUGCUGUGGUUUGGGUUCAAGUUUUGGCCACACUACGUGUUGAACUCCCCCUUAACCCUCUGGUUGGCUGUUAGUAAUGCCCAAUAAACCCCACCCCUCAUAGACUUAAAUAUAUACGUUUCUGCAUGAGUAUAUUUAAGCAAUAUGGCCCGAGGGGUUGUGGUAUAUGGCCAAUAUACCACGGCUAAGGGCUGUUCUUAUGCACGAUGCAAUGCGGAGCCCUUAGCUGUGGUAUAUUGGCCAUAUACCACGGCUAAGGGCUGUUCUUAUGCACGAUGCAAUGCGGAGCCCUUAGCUGUGGUAUAUUGGCCAUAUACCACAACCCCCUUGAGGUGCCUUUAUAAACUGGUAUCAAUGUAAUUAGAGCAGUUAAAAUACAUGUUUUGUUAUACCUGUAGUAUACCACGGCUGUCAGCCAAUCAGCAUUCAGGGCUCGAACCACCCAAUUUAUAAUUGUGAAAUAUGUUUAUAUUUAGCAUCACUGUUGUACUGUAGUAGCUUAGGUUUGCUUAAAAAAAAAAGGAAAAAAAUGUGACAAGUUAUAUCUUGUGUCCUCUUUGGAAAUCUGUGGUAGAUAAACUGUCUCAUCUCUGUACUAUAAUGAAUAGCAACUACUGUAGUAUGUGUCAAUGGGAAUAUUUCCCCGCAUUCUGGACUACUUUGGCUCCCUAUGUCAUAGAAAUAAACACAUACCAUAUCUCUCUGUCAACGUGGGGCUCCCGAGUGGAACUGCAUCUCAGUGCUAGAGGUGUCCCUAUACAGACCCUGGUCCGAUUCCCGGCUGUAUCACAACCGGCCGUGAUUGAGAGUCCCAUAGGGGGGUGGCGCACAAUUGACCCAGCGUCGUCCGCGUUUGGCCCGGGGGGUAGGCCCGUCAUUGUAAAUAAGAAUUUGUUCUUAACUGACUUGCCCAGUUACAUCAAAUAAAAUGUGCACAGGGAAAUGGGCCGACGAUGCUCACAACCUCUGAGUCCUAUACGUACUGUUUGUACAUAAAUAUUACAUGCUAACACAUUAACAACCUUAGUGGUAGAAGUUGUCAAAAUGUGUUGGAAGAACUGCUUCUGCUACCUGCUUUUCUACCCAGUUGAGUUGAGAUUGUUUUGUGUUUUUGUAUUUAAGCAAAAAAAGGGGUGUGGAGGACAUCCUCCGGUCCGGUGGCAUUGUCCUCCGACAGGUGGGAUCACUCCUACGCUACGCUCGUCCCUCAACCCACAGAGCAGACAGUUGGUCGUAAGUCAACGGCCCACUGGUUUUUGUUUAAACCAGUAAUGUCUACAUCUGGAUUUCAACCUAGCAGUUAUCGUGUGAUUUUAUAAAAAUAAAAAAACACACAUCAAUCUCUUUAUCAUGAUUUUCAUUUGGACAUGUUGGCCUUGGUUUGUGCCUAGGGGGUCUUCAUGUAAACCCUGCCAAGUUAGGGUCCCAAUUACACAAAUUGUUCCCUCAGUUGCCCCUGAAAUAUCUGUGAGAGGACUUUUAUGUUAGUAUGUCUAUAUGUUGAGGUGGAGAAGAAGGAAGUAUGUGAUUAUGUAUGCAAGUUUAUACAUAUGUUGUUGUUGUCUUAUAUUGUUUUAUGAAUGUGUAUUUGGAAGGAGAUAAAAAAAGAAACCGUAUGCUCACAAUGUGUAUUUGGAAUGAGGAUAUGAAACUGAAAGGUUAGCAGUGAGAAUGUCAUGUGGUGGAUUCAUCCUACAUGGCACCCUAUUCCCUAUGUAGUAUACCAGGGCCUCUGGUCAAAAGUAGUGCAAGCUAUAGGGAGUAGGGUGCAACUUGGGAAGAAGUUUUAUGUUUGACCUGGGUAGGAUGAUGAGGUAGUCAAGUCACUUGUGUCUGCAGCUAGGCUAUGAGCGUGUUUGACACUUGUGUCUGCAGCUAGGCUAUGAGCGUGUUUGACCCUUGUGUCUGCAGCUAGGCUAUGAGCGUGUUUGACCACUUGUGUCUGCAGCUAGGCUAUGAGCGUGUUUGACCCUUGUGUCUGCAGCUAGGCUAUGAGCGUGUUUGACCCUUGUGUCUGCAGCUAGGCUAUGAGCGUGUUUGACCACUUGUGUCUGCAGCUAGGCUAUGAGCGUGUUUGACCCUUGUGUCUGCAGCUAGGCUAUGAGCGUGUUUGACCCUUGUGUCUACAGCUAGGCUAUGAGCGUGUUUGACACUUGUGUCUGCAGCUAGGCUAUGAGCGUGUUUGACCCUUGUGUCUGCAGCUAGGCUAUGAGCGUGUUUGACCCUUGUGUCUGCAGCUAGGCUAUGAGCGUGUUUGACACUUGUGUCUGCAGCUAGGCUAUGAGCGUGUUUGACCCUUGUGUCUGCAGCUAGGCUAUGAGCGUGUUUGACCCUUGUGUCUGCAGCUAGGCUAUGAGCGUGUUUGAACCUUGUGUCUGCAGCUAGGCUAUGAGCGUGUUUGACCCUUGUGUCUGCAGCUAGGCUAUGAGCGUGUUUGACCCUUGUGUCUGCAGCUAGGCUAUGAGCGUGUUUGACCACUUGUGUCUGCAGCUAGGCUAUGAGCGUGUUUGACCCUUGUGUCUGCAGCUAGGCUAUGAGCGUGUUUGACCCUUGUGUCUGCAGCUAGGCUAUGAGCGUGUUUGACCCUUGUGUCUGCAGCUAGGCUAUGAGCGUGUUUGACCCUUGUGUCUGCAGCUAGGCUAUGAGCGUGUUUGACCCUUGUGUCUGCAGCUAGGCUAUGAGCGUGUUUGACCCUUGUGUCUGCAGCUAGGCUAUGAGCGUGUUUGACAUCGGAGCCAAAACAUUUUUUAAAGGCGUGAACGACUAAUCUACAAAUCACCUUGAAUCAUAAUUAACUACUCAAAUGUUAGUUGCAGAUCGGUCAGUCGGUCACAAUUUCCCCAUGAUGCAUCACGGUUUUGAUGCUCUCGACAGGCCUUCUGCAUGCCAACGCUGGUCAAAUAUGUCCCAGUCUGUGCGUCUGCCUCUGCUGCCAUCAAUUUUUGUCAACUGGGAGAUAUAGACGAUGACAUCAUUCUGUGGCUUAAUCUGUGUAGGCUACAUUCAAUCUUGAAUGAUAUGUACAGUAUAUCAUGUUCAUAUACACACUGCACUAACAAAAUAAACAAAUCUUACAAUA